AUGGGCGGCGGAGAAACUAUCGCGGACCAAAUACUUAAGACGUUCGCCCUACCGGACGUCGUCGGCUCAAAGACUAGCUCUAAGAAGCUGAUCAAUCUUCUAAGAGGGCACUUCUACAAGCCUGCGGACCCAGUAUCUGAAGAGCGCGUAUGCAUUUCCGGCGGGGCUUCUCAGAACCUGGCCUGCCUACUCCAAGACUUCACAGACCCUGUAUAUACAAGGAAUGUUUGGAUAGUGGCUCCGGCAUAUAUGCUUGCGUUCCGUAUAUUCGAGGAUGCUGGGUUCCACAAAAAACUCCGGGCCGUGCCCGAGGACGAAGAGGGUAUUGACAUGUCGUAUCUGAGAAGUCAGAUUAGGCAGAGUGAAGAGAGAGCAAAAUCCGAAAACAACAAUGAGCCGCAAUUUAAACCUCCGAGGCCUUCGAACAAAAUUUACAAACAUGUCAUCUAUGCGGUGCCGGGGUUUUCCAAUCCUAGUUCCAAGACCAUGAGCCUAAGGAGAAGAGAGGAGUUGGUACGUCUGGCGCGAGAGUAUGACGCUCUUAUCAUUACAGACGAUGUAUAUGACUUUCUGCAAUGGCCAUCAAGUCUCAGCCCAAGUACACUUUCAAUCGAGAAAGCUGGUUUGCCCCGUAUCGUCGAUAUCGACCGGUAUCUGGACGGCGGCGCCGAAAGACAUGGCGCUGAUGGGUUCGGCAAUGCAGUUUCGAAUGGAUCAUUUUCCAAGAUCUUUGGCCCCGGGUUACGGACAGGCUGGUGCGAAGGAACGCCUAAGAUGGCAUACGGGGUAUCGCAAACAGGAUCGAGCCGUUCAGGUGGAGCACCCAGCCAGCUGACAGCCUGCUUUGUGGCCGAGACACUGGAGACUGGAGAGCUCCAACGCUACGUGUACGACAGACUCCAGCCAGUAUAUGGUAAUCGGUACCGCCGUAUGGUGGAAGGAAUUAACAAGCACCUCAUUCCACUAGGCGUCAGCAUUCCCCAAACCGAUCGCGAGAUUGUUGGUGGAUAUUUCAUUUGGCUCACGUUGCCUUCUCCGCUGAAAGGUGCUGUGGUAGCACAACGCGCAAAGGAAGAGGAGAAUUUGGUGGUCGCACAGGUACCCGGCGACACCGAACGUGAGGGCACGUCUUUCAGCAAUGAUAUUAGAGUUUGUUUUGCGUGGGAAGAGGAAGACAUGCUUGCUGAAGGCAUCGAACGACUCGCCACGAUUAUUAGCCGCAUGCUAAAUGAAGAGGCCAAUGGAGGUCAGUCAACCCAUCAUAUGGCUGCCCAAAAAGAAGACGCGAAGAACUUGUGGUGA